GUCUAUAAAAACCCCGGGAGCACAGACCUUUACAUGGGCUGCCUCUGUGUGUGCUGGGAGGCUGGCCUGGCGUCCCCCAGCCUCCCCUGUCAGACAACACUCCCUCCCUCCUCACUCUGGCUCCUACACCCUCCUGAAGCCUUGACCUUGGCCAGCCUGGACGAUGCCUCCCAACCUCACCGGCUACUACCGCUUUGUCUCACAGAAGAACCUGGAGGACUACCUGCAAGCCCUGAACAGGGGCGUUGCUUGGAGGGAGUAAAUGCACAGCCCCAGACCCAGCUGAGGGGCCGCUCCCAGCCCCAGGCUGCUGCCGUGGGUUGGGGGGCACCCCUGGCCGGCUGGCCAAGAGGACCCUUGCUAAGAGACAGCCCCCACAGACAUCAACUUGGCUCUGCGCAAGAUCGCGCUGCUGCUCAAGCCGGACAAGGAGAUCGACCAUCGGGGCAACCACAUGACCGUGAAGACCCUGAGCACCUUCCGAAACUACGUGCUGGAAUUCGAGGUGGGGGUGGAGUUUGAGGAGGACCUAGGCAUCGUGGAUGGACGAAAGUGCCAGACCAUAGUCACCUGGGAAGAGGAGCAGCUGGUGUGUGUGCAGAAAGGGGAGGUCCCCAACCGGGGCUGGAGACACUGGCUGGAGGGAGAGACGUUGUAUCUGGAAAUGACUGCAAGGGAUGCCGUGUGCGAGCAGGUCUUCAGGAAGGUCAAAUAGCCGGGGCAGAGCUGAGGGCCCUCCCAGCCACGCCAGUCCCCAGACUCCUCCUGCUCGUGUCCCCUUCAAACCCAGAUGGUCCCAGGUCAGCAGUCCCCUUCCCAAGCCGCUUACCCUCCCUCUGCAUCCCCCACCCAUGUUAAUCUAUAACUUGCAGCCCCCAAGCCAAAGUCCUUUCUCACACUCCACUGCCCAACAGUGACCUCAUACCCAGUUCAAAGUCUGGUCUCCUGGAUGAGAACAUCGGGCAAAGGGGAAAAGGCCUUUGAGAAUUAUGGAUUCCACCUCUUUUAAUUCAUUUGGCCUCUUAUUUUCCAUCUAAGAAAGAACUACACUUGACCGUUUGAGCAGGUCUCUAGCCUUUCAGAAGACCCUUUGGAAAAGUGUGAUUGGACUCCAGAAUUUAGACAGGAGCUCCUGGAGAGCCUUUAUGUCCA